GCGGUCUCAUGAAGACCCUGAGAGAGAGAAAGACGAGGCUGAGGGCUUUGGACUUAGAGAAUCUAAGACUCUUCUUCCCAGACUGGAUUACUAGGUAUUUUCCGAACUCAACAUUGUGGCUCCAUGCAUUGCCACAGGUUGUCCUCCAUGCCUGGAAGAUACUGUAUAAUCCAACCCUAAUUCUCCUCUUCCGUUGAGGCUCAACUCUGGGAAAUCUUCACUUAUCUCCCACCUGAAGAAAUCAAUACGAGUGGCUUAUAGAAGAAGGGAAGAAUGAAUGUUUUGAUGAAAGGCAUGUCAAUCUUUUGAAAGCUCAAGUCAUGCAGCUACAGAGGCAGAUAGUACUGCUUACAGAGGGAUUAAGUUCCUGGGCUGCUCUUCUGCUAGAGUUGAAUGAAGCUUUGAAUCCUCUCUCUGAAAAACUCAGAUCUUUUCUUGACUGUAGUAGUCCUACUUGUGAAGUUCCAGUUGCACGGUCUGAACUGAAGCAAAUGAUUAAAAUGUGCCAGGUCCUUCAAAGUAAACUACAAAAAAACUAUCAAGCUACUGGCAUCGCAGAACUGGCUCUGCCCUGGUUGAUGUUUAGGAAGAACUUUACUAAACCGACAGUCACGCUUCUCGACCUUUGCUAUGGGAAAAUGGACAAUUUAAAUUUACAAUAUGUGAGUGCCCUUGAAACAAAACUUAGCCAGUUGUAUAGACACCUGCAUGGUAUGAGACAAACACUGAACUUCAUUCUAGCCCCAGGACAGGGGUCCCACAAGCAAUCUCUGCAAGUUCUCCCCAUUGUGGUGUAUUCUAGACUGAUAAAUCAGAUGAAGAGAUGUAAUCAGUCUUUGGAGGAAUGCUGCAGUGACUUGCUUAUUUUGACCCUUAUUGUACCUUCAGCACCCUGGAUAAAUGACCAACAAGCAGAAGUUAAUUUCCAUAGAAGUAUCUACAACCUCCAAAUUAAAUACACCAAAGCUGUUUUUGAGGGUAUAAAGCAAGACUACCACUCUUUUCUGGCAAAUGUUGAUGGUGUUCUAUGUUCCCCACUAAGAGAUAUUCUUUCGUCAUAUAUAAAUCUUACAUCUGAACCAUCAGACGCAGCUUUCAAAAACUUUCUCGCUAUUUUAAAAAACAAUGCCAAACAGAUUCAAGAGGCAGUUGACACUUUGACUCCAUCACAGAAUCUACAGCAUGAAGGUGACGAGGCCUUGUCGAAGUUGGGAAGAGUUUUUCCUUUCUUUAGAGCAGUCCUUCAAAGACUGUGGUGAGCAACAAGAGAGGUGGAGGUCUUAAGAACUGAGCUGGACCAAGCCAUGGCAGAACUUCAGGUUUUAAGAAGGGAACACGGGGAGAAAGAAAUGGAGCCCCCUUCGAGGUUUUCAAAGUGGAAAGGGGAAGGUGGGAAAGUGUCAUGGACAGAAGACAUGCCAACUCAAGUGUCCACAUCCCUGCUUGCUUCUCCAAAACAGAAACUGGUAGUUAAUUCCAUUUUUUCAAGUAAAGCAGAAAGUUUUCGAGCCAACUUGCAACCUCAGGAAGAAAUGAUUGAGUGGGCCCCCAGCUGCCCCUGAGGGAAGAACUCCAGGAGUAAGGGCAUAAAAUUCACAAUACUGUCUUCACAAGAUUAAUCAGGGGUCCCCGUUCAGUCACCCCUGUAAGCAUGUCUUUCAUAUUCAUUCUAGGUGCUGGUAAACCUCACAUGCCAAAAUGGAUUUCAAGCCUAAAAAGUAACUUUGAACUUAUCUAGAGAUAAAUCCUAAAGAAAUGAAAUGUGAAUGGUGUAAAAAUGAUAAUGAUUGUUCAUUUUCCUUUAAUUUUUCAUUUUUGUAAUUUCAAUGUAUGAUUGUAUAUUUCACUCUGUGAAUCUCAUUCUGGAACAAAUCGAUACAACUCCUUGCUGUUGCCUUUACUGGCUCCAUGAACAGAGGUUUCUUACAUUUUGACCAUCUGUCUCUUAAUUUAAUGACUGAUAAAAAGAAUUAUCUUCAGCUUUUAAUGCUGCUAAAAAUGAUAAAAUAUUACACUACCUUACUUGAAAGUAAUAACAAUGCACUAAAAAUGUUUACAUGGAGCAAAUGCUUUCAGAAGUGCCUAUUUUUGUGAAGUAUAAUUAAAGAAAAUUUAGCAAAGGAGCUCAUAGCAUGUAGCUAAUUUGUUUUUCAACUAGUUAUUUUCAUUUUUAAAAUCUCUUUGUAUAUUAAGGGUGUUCAAAUUUUAAAGUUGGUGUUUUGUUAACAAAUAAAUAAAGUUGAAAUUUCA